AUGCGCUCGUCUGAGGACGAGUCAGACUACUUUGAUGAUGAUGAUGACUUUGUAGUCCCCGAUGAUGGCGAGGACCUACCUACCAGUCGUCCAGCAAAGCGGCCUCGUGUACGUCCACCCACUCGCCAUGAAAACCGAGAUGACGCCUCAUCCACGGACGCCUUCUCCGAUAUAGAAGACGACGCCUUCGACGAUGCUUCGACAAGCCACAACAGAGCAGUCGCACGACAAAAAUCCCGGAGCGUCGUUUUCAAGCAUAGCAAUAUGCAGGAGAAUAUGUUCGUUACACAAUUGACCCAGCCACAUUCCAGCCCUGACCGAAUACGUGGACCGAGAUGGAAGAAGCCAUCGCCUCCACCGAAUCGAAUUCCAACACCACAGGCUAGUGGUCCCGGAGAAGCAUCGGAUGGAUUUUCUGACGACUUUUCCGAUGACGAUGAGGCGCUCAGGGCCGCUUUGGCCGCCUCAAUGGAUUCCUAUGAAGUCGAGAAAGCUGCUCGCAGUCCGAUAAACCCCAAGGAUUCUAGACCCGCUGUUGAGAAACCUAAGACUCCGAAGGCUGCAACGAAUCCUGCUCAACAAAACACAUCAUGCCAAUUCGACGAUAUUCCAGACGACGCUUUUGACUCUUCGCCAUGCCUGUCACCAGUAGCACGCCCUGUACAAACCUCAUUUUCCACAAACGCUUCCCGGCAUCCAUCGUCUUUUCGACAGACCACACUCUAUGGGAUGGUUUCAACAAAUCCAAAUUUAUCACAGCAAAAUCAAGAUCCUGGACCGCCAGAAAAGAACGAGGCACCCACCCAUCAUAAAUUAAACCAAGAUGCCCUUGACACAUGGUGGUAUCCCACAAAUAUCGGCACCACACGAGACUACCAAUUCAACAUAGCUCAGAAGGGCCUGUUCCAUAAUCUACUGGUUGCUCUACCCACUGGUUUGGGUAAAACAUUCAUUGCAGCAACUGUCAUGUUGAACUGGUUUCGUUGGACACAAGAUGCACAAAUAAUUUUCGUAGCGCCGACAAAGCCGUUGGUAUCCCAACAGGUCUCGGCAUGUCUAGAUAUCGCGGGUAUUCCACGCUCUCAAAGCACUAUGCUCACCGGAGGUGCACCGCCGGGUGUUCGUGCUCAAGAGUGGCAAUCAAAACGGGUGUUUUUCAUGACACCUCAGACUUUGAUCAACGAUUUGAAGACUGGUAUCGCAGAUCCAAAGCGUAUUGUGCUUCUCGUCGUCGAUGAGGCUCAUCGAGCCACUGGAGGAUACGCUUACGUCGAGGUCGUCAAGUUUUUGCGACGAUUCAGCAACAGCUUCCGUGUCCUUGCAUUGACUGCCACUCCUGGGUCAACAGUGGAAGCAGUGCAGGGUGUCAUCGAUGGUUUGGAUAUUUCGCGAGUGGAAAUUCGCACCGAGAAUUCACUUGAUAUCCGCGACUACGUCCAUGCUCGCAACAUCGAAAUUGAGACAUUUGAGAACUCCGAAGAAAUGGUUUUCUGUUUAGACCUGAUUUCUGCGGCUUUGCAACCCCAAGUUGACCAACUUCGAACACUCAAUGCGUACUGGGGGAAAGAUCCCUUGAUGCUGACUGCCUUUGGUCUUACGAAAGCCAGACAACAAUGGAUGGGCUCUGAUGCCGGUCGAAAUGCCAGCUUCGGACUCAAGGGCAUGGUAAAUUCCAUUUUCACUGUUCUCGCGAGUCUGGCCCAUGGCAUUGAUUUAUUGAAAUACCAUGGCAUUGUCCCUUUCUAUCGUCAUUUAUUGCAUUUCAGGUCCAAUACAGAUGGACAGAAGGGCGGAAAAUACCAGAAGCAAAUUGUACAAAAUGAGAGUUUCAGGAAGCUUAUGGCGCACGUUGACCCAUGGUCUAAAAAUUCAGAGUUCAUUGGUCAUCCCAAACUGGAACACCUGAAGUCUGUGAUAUUAAAUCACUUCAUGGACGCCGGAGAGGGCAAGGAGAAUAGUUACAGUGGCCAUCCAGCUACACGAGUGAUGAUAUUUGUUCAUUUCCGAGACAGUGCAGAAGAGGUCACGCGAGUCUUGAAGCGCUAUGAGCCGAUGAUCCGACCACAUAUCUUCGUUGGACAAUCCAGGGGAACCUACAAUACAAUUGUCGCAACCUCCAUCGGUGAAGAAGGUCUAGAUAUUGGUGAAGUCGAUCUGAUUGUGUGUUACGACUCUUCUGCAUCGCCAAUUCGAAUGCUGCAGCGCAUGGGUCGAACUGGUCGCAAGCGCGCCGGAAACAUCACCUUACUUUUGAUGAAAGGCAAAGAAGAAGAUUCGUACACCAAAGCCAAGGACAACUACGAGAAGAUGCAAGAAAUGAUUGCAAGCGGUUCUCGAUUCACCUUCCAUGACGACCGAUCCGCCCGGAUUCUCCCCGCUGGCAUUCGACCUGUAGCCGAUAAACGAAUCAUCGAAAUCCCACAGGAGAACUCUCAGCAAGAACUACCAGAACCCAAGCGCAAGGGUCGCAUACCCAAGAGACCGCCAAAGAAAUUCCAUAUGCCCGACGACGUGGAAACAGGCUUUACUCGCGCCUCCACAUUGGCAGACGAUGGGUCACACAAAUCAAAGACCUCGAACACACCAAAGAAAAGAAAAUCAACAACGCCUAAGAAAAAAGCUCGAACACCUGAACCUGAACUUGCAAAAAUUCCAACCGAGCGGGAGAUGUCCAUCCCUCCAAAUGCGAUGAUUGAGUACCAGAAGGCCAUGGAAGAAAUUGGGGACACAACCACGCCCCGUUCUGGAUUUUGGCCUCGUCCAAAGAAGUCAAUUAGACAAUCUGUUCGACCUACAAAGUUUGUACCACAUAGUUCGUUGACUCACCGCAUCGGUGAGGUUGUACGCAAUAUGGACAGUAUAAGUCCUAAUCGCUACAGUCGUGAGCUUGACUUCCCGGAUGAUAUCGAUCGUUGCAUAUAA